AUUCCAUGCAAACGCUUUGCAAAAAUCAUUUUCUCCAGCAACUUUACCGGAAAAUUGACGGUGCUGUAUUAUGGAGCCAGAAUGAAAGAAAUCUGGAUUGCGUCAUCACAUUCCAGACACAUUCAAUUUUGCAGAGAUUUAUGCUCCGAUUUGAUGGAUUGCAACUGGACUGCAAUGACCAUCUGUUUAUUUAUGAUGGGGCGCAUGCUGUGGGAACUUAUAAGUUUGAUUUAUCCUGCAAAAACACGAAACAAAAUUUGGGAGCGAUGUUCACCCGUACCAACUAUGUUACCUUGAAAUACGUCACCGACAAUUGGGGAACAGAAAGCAAUGGAUUCAAACUUGUCAUAACUGCAGUGAAAGAUCCAAAACAUGCCUGUACAGAGUUUCGCUGUAACUUAAGAGAAUUCUGUAUAUCGACGGAUUUGGUUUGCGACAAGAUUAACCAUUGUGCUGACGGGUCAGAUGAAUCGUCCAAUAACUUAUGCCAAAACAACGAUAGUGGUACCAUCCUAGGCCUCGAAGUAACUUGGUUUGUGGUGGUCCUAAUUAGUUCCCUUCUAGUACUACUCGUGCUUAUCGUAGCUAUUUCGAUUUGUGUAUGUAGACGAGGAAGCUGGAACAACAGCCAUGGAAAUUCUGUACAGCAACAAAAUGCAUCUUAUUCUUUAGCGCACAUGUACGGGUCGAAUGGCCACAUGGCAAUAAAGCCAGGAGUCGGCAGCACCACAACGCUGACCGAUGGAGGCUUACUCCAUGCGACGCCGACUUCGGGAAACUCGCGCCGCCCUGCGGGCCCGCCCGGGUUCCGCAUGCCGCCGGCCCGGGGCCGCCCCUACUGCCCGGCAGGGUAACCGCGACGCCCGUGGUCGCCCCUCAGAAUGGUGGGAGCGACGCGCCGUCUGCGCAGCAGAAAGACGAGUGGUUCGUCUAGCAGUAGGAGUGACCGGGUCGUAGCCUGCAGGGUGAGCCGAGUGUGUACCGAACCCAGCUCUCGGCAAUAGCGCAGUUUUCUACGAUACCGACAAUCCACGACGUUAACCGUGAGAUUGUUCAAAGUAUAUUUUUCAUUUAGUGUUAAGUGAAACACCUCGCCAUUUAAUUUCAUACCCACGUUUCACUAAACGCGACUCCAGGUAUGCUUGAAGCUGAGGUGCUAGUCUGAAUUUAUAUAAAAUUUGUGGUGUUGCUAGCGUUUCUUUUUUGAAACUGAAUAUUCAGCCAACACAUUUAUGCUAUUUAAUUGGAGGAAUUAGAUAAUAGAUACAUAGAGCGAAAGAGCAACUAUGUAAUGAUAAAAUCAACAUUGAAUGAAUGUUUCACAUAACUAAGUAUUUGAAACUACUUGUGUUCUAAAGAAGGGUAAAUCUAGUUUUUAUUGAUAUUUCAUAAGGAGCAAAUCUUCAGUUUGAAGGUGUAAAGUAGUAGCAAAAUCCUGGGUAAAAAUCAUAAAUUCAUUCUGACGAAAACCAUCACAUUUAAUCGGUUGUAAUAAAUCUUGAACUUUCCUUUUGAAAAUAAUCGUGCAAGUCUAACCUUUUUACGAGCUCCUUUACAAAUAUAUCAAAAAAACUUUAAGAGUUUCCGAAACUGGCGAAUCCAUCUCACCGUUCCUGAGGAACAUUUUAAAAAGUUUACCAACCGGGCACUGCAUAUACAGAAAAUAUGUAGCAGAUAACUUCCGAACGUAACCUAUAUUUUAUCAGACUCCUGAUAUUAUCAAAGUUUUACGAAAGACAAUUUUCGAAGCUUUCGGUUCGGAAAGUAAUUUUUGUAACGUGCGAGUUCAGCGAACAGGCAUAUCGAUAAAAAGAAUUGGAAAGAUUUGAUUAUUUAUGUUGAUUCAUGGGAAAAGUUCAGCCGCAGAAAAUACAUUUUCUUAUAAUACCAAGACUGAAGAUCUUUAAAAUUCGUUUAUUGGAAAUUUUUUCAGCCUUCAUUAAUUAUACUCAAAAUUAAGAAUAUUUUGUUUUUUUGUUUCUGGUUUUGGGAAGAUGAUGCACAAACUCUUUUUCAUGCAAAAAAACUUUUAAACAUUUCGUUUUUUAGAACUGUUUCAACAUGACAUGAAAAUUUUCAAUAAUUUAUUAACUUCUUUAGCUAGUUAAAACACUAAAAAUUGCUUUUGGCAUAUGGGCAAAUCAAUUAUUCAAGUGUGAAUUACGCGAAUUUAAAGUUAAUUCGCAUUGGGGUGUUUCUAUUAUGAGUUUUCCAUAAGAUGAGCUACAUACUUGUUAAAGAUAUUGAAUUUCACUUUAAGUUAUACUGCAGUUUGUAUACAUAAAAAGUUCAAAACUAACGAUUAUACGAUAAGCUGCGACAAAAAUGUUUCCAAAAAUUGCCUCAAGGUAAGACCUAAUUUAAAUAAUAAACGAUUUUUUAUUUCUGAAUACAUUUGAAGUUGAUACGGACCAGAUAUAAGAAAGAAUUCUGCACUCAUGGUUCCAAGAUUUUAUAAACGUAUCGCAUGUAUAAGAAAAACGUUUGAUUCUACAUACAAAUAAAUGGAAUUUUUCCCAUUCAUUUUCCUUCUGGAUAGAACUCUCAUGCAUAUUUAAAGGACAUACCUGAACAUUAUAUACAUAUGUAAUAUUACUGUGUGGCAGGGGCACACUUGAAAUAACGACUAAACCUACAUUUGCAGUGUAAACUCUACAAGAUCCACAAAACCCGGAUAUAUUUCCAAAUAUAAUUCAAGCGGAAUUCGUUUUGGUWAUUUGCUCGGGUAAAUGGAUUUUCAUYUUGGGAUGGUUGAUUAAUGUAUUUCACUUUAUCCUUUAGGAAUAACUAUUGCAGUAACUUUAUUUAUGAAUAUGUCGCCUUGAAAUUUAAAAUUGAGUCCUUGUACGUUGAAAAUUAAUAUCAUAUAUUGAUUUAUUAAUAUUUAAUUCAUCCUAAAUAACUAACAUUCAUUGAAUCAGUAAAAUUAAGAACAAUUGCAUGAAUUGGACGAAAUGGAACAUUUACAUAUGUAUUUAUUUACAUUAACAAUCUACAAUAUGUUUGAAAACUGAAUUAGGACAUUUUUAUAGGUGAUUCUGUAUGUUAAAAUAAUGGCAGUAAGUUAUGUAACAAAAAUUCGAAAUCUGAUAAUCUUCAAAAAAGCUCAUCAAACUUCAUUUUCACAUUUAAUUUUGACCGAUGAUUGACAUUUAUUUGCCGAUCAAAUUAAUAAUCGAUACAGGUUUAGUUAAUAUCACUAAGGGAUAUGAAAAUUUUGUAUGUACAAAGCUUAACAGUCGCUUCAGAUAAAAUUUUCCCAUAAGUUUGGAAACCAAACUUUCAGAUUCUGUCCUAAUAAUUUAUAGUUUAUCUGAAAAUUUUGUAUUGCUUUACUAUUUUUACUUUUGCUAAACUGAAACUUUUAUGUGGGUCAAAAAGUAAUUCCUAUUGUAAAACGUUAUACUAAGAUCCUCACCAAUUACUCAUUGCGUUUUAUGCGUUUCACAUUCACUCUUUAUGCGUUUUAUUUAUUAUUAAUAAGAUUGAGAAACCGAAACCCGGUGGCAUUAGAGUUUUCUGAAAUAUAGUACUUUGAAGAGAAACUGCUUUUAAAAAUACAAAAACUUGUGAUAAAUAGUGAUUGCAUCUACAAUUAUAGCGGAAAAUUUUAAGAAAUAUUUUGCAAAAUGUCGGCUGCUGUUUCGAAUUACGUGUUGCGUGUUAGGCCCAAAAAUAGUAAUUUUUGUCUUACAUUCGUCUACCUUUUUUGCUAUACCAAUGACGAAAGAAAACUUUAAUCUCAUAUGCACCAGAAAACCAAAAAAACAAAUAAAUAAAGAUCGAUAAAAGUGAGAUCAAUAAUCACAGUGACUUGCACGAUAUUCAGAAUGAAGGAAGGGAUAUGUUUCUGUAAUAAUAGCACUAUUGUUGGCAUAUCGGUAAUCACAUCCGUAUUAAACUGCAUUUUCUAUUUUUCAAACCAGGAACAUUAUUAGUGGAUUAAUCGUAUUUGCUUAUUUUUUACGAACUUUGAUUGCCCAUAUGAUGCUCAAUAGUUGAUGCACUUUAAAAGAAAAGCACUUUGGUCCAUACGAAAUGGUUUUUUUCGUUUUCAUCUCAUGAAGAUUUAAAUCAAUUCGUUUUCUAUUAAAAAUUCUACCAUGUAGACAUAUAAAGAUUUGGAUGAGUGUGAGAAUGGCAAAGACUGAAUUCGGAGCCAAGUUGAAACGAACAUUGUGUCGUCGAAGUAUUGGUUUGCCGUGUCAGAUGGAACAGAUCAGGACCAUCCACGUUCCAAACAAAUUACAUGUUUGAAAAAUGUUUGUCCUUUCUCUCCCAAUUACUAGCCAGAAAUGGACGAUGCUUGUUAAGACGCACACAGCCAACAUAGACAAAUACGACACUAAUAUACCUACUUUAAAAUAGUUAUUAGAAUGUGUAUUAUAAUAAUAUUAAAUUAUACAUUGUUUUCAACGACAUAAUUGCCAAAGUUAGGGGGCUUGAUGCCCAUGCAAUUUCAUUCAACAUGUUAAAGAACAAGAUUUAAAUGUUUUCAAAAUUUUAUUGGUAUUUUCAGCUAGUGAAAUUAUAGUAUUGAAUCGGUGAUUGAAUAAUUUAAUGAAUAAUUAUUUUAUUGGACUUGCUUGCUUGAAGUUGCUUGGACGACAUACUGCUUAACUGUGCAAUCAAUGUCAUGAGGGCUAGUCACAAGUAGUGGGGUAAUGGAGAAAUGAAGUUUAAAUUGCCGUUGUCCUUUAGAAGUAGAAAAAUCAUAUGUUUCCUAUUCAAUUUCAGUUAAUGAUUCUGCUCAUAAGAUAACUAUCUAUGGCUGGAAGAUCAGAUUGAUACAUUGCUAAAAGAGUUUUUCAUAUCAAUGAACAAAAAGCAUAUCAAAUUCGGGCACAAAGCAAAACCUAUGGCACUUUCUAAUACUAUUUAAUGCGGUUUUAUGCAAACCAUUGAGGCUGUAGUUGGUAUAGUAAUAUAUGUAAUAACAUCGUCAAUUUAUUUCCGGACUUUUGAAAAAGUAUUUAAUAAUAUAUUUUUUAAACAUUUAGCUCACUUAUUAAUAAAAUGAUGAGUAAAUUAACCUCAGUGUCAAUUUGUAAAUACAAAUAUCAAUGACUCAAUUAUGGGGUAUUUAAAAUUGGGUGCGCAAAGUUCAUCUUUUUUUUUAC